CUCCAUGGAGCCGGGAGCGUGUGCUGCGCAGGCGGCUGCAGGACUGUAUGUGGUUCUCAGUGACAGUGAACAGAAGCGGUACUCCGAGCUGUUUUCCUUGUGCCAAGUUGAAGGAUCCCCGAGACUAGCAGCCGGCAGCAGUAAAGUGGCCGAUCUGUUCAGAGCAUCCCAGCUCCCUGCAGAAACUUUACACCAGAUCACGGAGCUGUGUGGUGCAAAACUUAUCGGUUACUUUGGACCAGCUCAGUUUUUUAUUGCUUUGAAAUUAAUUGCUGCAGCACAAGCCGGCCUGCCAGUUAGCCUGGAGAGCAUCAAAUGUGAAUUACCACUCGCUUGCUUCUUUUCUAUGAAAAGUGAUAACAGUUUAAAAUAUGGACUCUCUUCUCAGAGCUUAAAUUCGCAGAUAUCAAAUCAUGCACUCAGCGAGAAGGGUUCCCUUCACUGCCUCUUUGAUGGGGAAACUAAGUUAGAUGCCAAGACCUAUGUGACUUCACCCCAGAAGUCUUCUACUUCAUCGUCUCCUAAAUAUGGACAUGGGAAGAUUCAAAGCAGCCCUGAUCACCACAGUGGAGCAGCAUAUGAGACUAGACACCCUGCACUACUUCAGCAGGAUGGACAGUUGCCGCUGAACUAUGGAAUCCAGCCUGCUCCUCUGCAGCCUUCUCUCAGCCGGCAGUCCUUUACAGCUGAAAGAGAAGCACAGGACAGUUCCGACAGUUACUCUGAGGACCCCUGGAGGAUAACGGAAGAGCAGCGAGAGUAUUAUACUAACCAGUUUAUAACGCUUCAACCAGAUCUAAAUUCCUUCAUUUCUGGUUCGGUGGCUAAACAUUUCUUUACCAAAUCAAAGCUUCCUAUUCCAGAACUUUCACAUGUUUGGGAUCUUAGUGAUGUUGACUGUGAUGGAGCGCUGACUCUUGCGGAAUUUUGUGCGGCUUUUCAUCUUAUUGUUGCUAGGAAGAAUGGCUUUGAUUUGCCAGAUACGCUACCCAAGAACUUGUUGUCUGAAAUCAUUCAGCCAGCAUCUUUGAAGCCUAGUACAGAUGGUAUGUAUGAAGCAUAUCGUGGAACAAGCACAGUUUGUCCAAUUAGAAAAGAGCUGGAAACCGUCUGUGAAGAUCCAGCCAACUCCGAGCCACUGAUUCUCUUUGAUGUGGAAUCCAGUAACACCGAGCCAAAAACUACUGUAGAAGUACCUCACAUUGAAAAUGCUUUAAAGGAAGAUUCCAUCAGUGAUUUAAAAGCUUCACAAGAAAAAUUGUUAGCUCCACCUGUAGCAACAGAACCUAAAAAGUUUUCAUCUUUCAAAACCGCUGUUUACCAGGACUCGUAUCCACCUAAAACAAGGCCACGAUCUAGGUCUUACUCCAGCACAUCUAUAGAGGAAACUAUGAAGAAAGUAGAAGAACCUCCCACACCACCACCAAGACCCCAGAAAACCCAUUCUAGAGCUUCAUCACUGGACUUGAGUAGAAUCAUCCAACAACAUUCCCCAGCUCCUCGAUCUGGAUGGAUACAACCUCCUCCUGCUCUGCCUCCAAGACCUGGUGUGUCCCAGAUUCCCUACCAGAAUACUAACGCAGUGCCAAAGAUACCAGCAUUUGCAGACUUCAAGUCAAAAGAACAAAGUGAACGAGCCGCAGAGAUUGAAUUACAUCCACAGACAAAUAAAAUCCUGCCGCAGACGGAGGAGAACAAUCCUGCCAGAAAAGAAAUAGUCCUCAGCCAACCACCAACCAAACCAUUACGGCGAAAAUUCCAUCCAGAAAGCCAGGCUUUGGAAAAUCAUGACUUGUCUUCUGCAUCGAUUGUGACCUCAUCAGCUGCAUCUCUAAAGUCCCAUACAGCCGUUCAAAAGCAGCCUUCCAAACAGAAGAAAGCCAUCCAGACAGCCAUUCGUAAAAACAAGGAAGCCAAUGUGGUGCUGGCCAGGCUGAACAGUGAACUUCAGCAACAAUUGAAGGAAGUCCAUCAGGAAAGAAUUGCCUUGGAAACCCAAUUGGAACAGCUUCGUCCUCUUACCGUGUUAUGACCAAGAAGGCACAGCAAUACCACUGAUAAGGAUGUAUGAACUGCACAUAUCUAGUGACCUAAUUGUUGUCAUUACAUACAUGAUGCUGAUGCUGGUCAACAUUGGAAUGAGAUAUGUUCACCUUGUUGCUUGUUUUAUUGAAGAAGCAAAAAAUAUUUCUGAUGUAAACUCGGUCUAGUUUAGAAAACAUACUCCAUAUGCUGUGUUGAAAAUUUAAGGAUCAUUGUUUAAGUCAGCACAACACACAAGGGCUACAGCUGAGAAUUCUGCUGCAUGCACUUAUUUUAUUUUUUUACAUGCAUUCAUGGACCAUCGGAGGCAUUGAAACUCUUGAAUAUUCAUUUGAACUUUUCAGCUUAUAUUAUCUGAUGACUUUCUUCUAUGAUUUCAUAUAAUAUGUUCUGUUAUGGGAACAGAAUUUUUAUCAAGCUAUUUUUACAUUGUGUGUUUUAGGUUUUAAGAGAAUAAUAGAACUCCAAGUCUUUGAUGUACAUUUGAAUAUGCCCUUUCUAGCAUACUGGAACAAAUAUUUCCAUGUACAAAUGAUCAUUUCUGAUGUAAAUGGAAUCAAGUGUCUGAAGAAAAGUGUCUUUUCCGUGCAAAAAUAAAUAUGUAAAAAAUUAUUUU